AGAAAAAAAAAGAGAGAAGAGAAGAAGAAAAAAACCGAGUCGAAAACGGUCUCUCUUCCUUCCCAUGGGAUACAUUCGGAAUUUGGUAUCCGAUUGCUUGAAUUCCCGAAGAUAGUCGAGAAAUUGUUGGAGGCUACAACACUAGGAGAAGGGAAAAAAGCAUCGAAUUCGAUCCCAUGGGAAGUUGUGUUUCGUCGCCUUUGAAGGCUUCUCCUUUCAGGAAGCGACCGAUAAGGAGGAAGAGUUAUGGAAGCAAUACAUCCACCGUACCUCGUUACGAUUCCCCCACGAAUCUCUCCCGAAAAUCGAUUUUCCGGCCACCAAACCGUGUCCUCCCCGAUCCCGUCGCAGAUGACAUUCUCCUCAAGUACGAGAUCGGGAGAGAGCUUGGUCGCGGUGAAUUCGGGGUCACUCAUGAAUGCAUCGAGCUCGAAACUCGAGAGAGGUAUGCGUGUAAAAGGAUAUCGAAGGAGAAGCUGAGGACGGAGAUUGACGUCGAGGACGUAAGGAGAGAAGUCGAGAUCAUGAUGCAUUUGCCGAAGCAUCCAAACAUUGUUAGCUUCAAAGAAGCUUUCGAGGAUAGAGAUGCUGUUUAUCUUGUCAUGGAGCUCUGUGAAGGCGGAGAGCUUUUCGAUCGCAUCGUUUCUCGAGGGCAUUACACUGAACGCGCAGCUGCUUCUGUCGCCAGAACCAUUCUCGAAAUCGUUAAGGUUUGCCAUGAACACGGAGUGAUUCAUCGUGACCUAAAGCCCGAGAAUUUCCUCUUCGCUAACGGAUCCGAAUCCGCACAACUGAAGGCAAUUGAUUUCGGACUCUCGAUUUUCUUCAAACCCGGCCAAGUUUUCGGGGAGAUUGUGGGAAGCCCUUAUUACAUGGCUCCCGAGGUCUUGAGACGUAACUAUGGCCCCGAGAUCGAUGUAUGGAGCGCAGGUGUUAUACUCUACAUCUUGCUUUGUGGUGUCCCUCCCUUCUGGGCAGAAACCGAGGAAGGAAUUGCUCAAGCGAUCGUCAAAGGGAGCAUAGAUUUCGAGAGGGAUCCGUGGAGCAAGGUGUCCGAAGAAGCGAAGGAACUUGUUCGAAACAUGCUUGAUCCAAAUCCUUAUAGCCGACUUACCGUCCGGGAAGUUCUCGAGCAUCCUUGGAUCCGGAACGCGCAAAAGGCACCGAAUGUGAAUCUUGGAGAUAACGUCAGGACAAAAAUACAGCAGUUCAUGUUGAUGAACAAGUUCAAGAAGAAAGUCCUGAGGAUCGUAGCGGACAAUUUACCAAAUGAGGAGAUAGAAGGGAUAGUGAAGAUGUUUCAGAUGAUGGAUACCGACAAGAACGGAAACUUGACGUUUGAGGAAUUAAGAGAUGGGCUAAGGAAGGUAGGAGAAGGCGUUCCGGACAGCGAUGUGAAGAUGCUAAUGGACGCGGCGGAUACGGAUGGGGAUGGAAUGCUGAGUUGCGAGGAAUUCGUAACGGUGUCGAUUCAUAUGAAGAGAAUCGGAGGGGACGACCACUUGCGCCAAGCUUUCAGAUACUUUGAUCAGAACAACAACGGAUUCAUCGAGCUCGACGAGCUCAAGGAAGCUCUCUUCGACGUCAAGCUUGGCCACACUAAUGACCAGUGGGUCAAAGAUAUCUUUUUCGAUGUCGACCUCAACAAGGACGGGCGGAUAAGCUUCGAGGAGUUCAAGGCGAUGAUGAAAACGGGAACGGAUUGGAAGAUGGCGUCGAGGCAGUACUCGAGAGCAUUGCUGAACGCUUUGAGCAUCAAAAUGUUCAAGGAGAGCAGGGCGGACGUAGGGGACAGUGGCCAGAAGUCGUACUCCAUGGAGUUUCCUCUGGCCAAAAAGAAAGCCAAGUUGCUCGAAGCUCCCAAGAACAAAUCCAUGGAGCUCGCCGUCUCUAAAGCUUAUAAGCCCUCAGGUCUCAGAAACUGAACCCACGCACACUCUGUGUGUUGCGUUUUUUUUUGGUCUUUGAAGGUUGAGUGAAAGAGAUUUGAUUUCAUGUGCUGAUUUUGUUGAAAUGUUCUUCUUUACAUUAAACCCGUUUUGUCCA